CAAUAAAAUUUGUGAAUGGAAGUUGUUGGGUGGGGAAUUAAGAAAGUAUUUAACUAAAAGAAAUAUUUGACUAUCGUUAGUUGCUAGGAAGAUUUCCUUUAAAAGGGAUUUCUGUUUCUAAAAUUUGAUUAAAUUUGUAUGCUCCAUUUUCGGCAAAAUCUUCGGCCAUUGAUGAAUACGAUAUUCGUGAGACCUGUCUGUACGCUGUCGUCGUCGUCGUAGUUGUGCUCUGUCGUGAGAUUGGUCUUUUCCACGGACGGGCGAUUGAGAAAGGAUUUUCAUUCUAGUCAAGUUCAGUUUGGGAGCGGAGUGCUGUGCCAUUUUUUUCACAGUGAAUUGAAACCAAAUUUUAACAAGUUUACUUGUGAAAUCGUUGGAUGACAUUACACUAAACGGAUUAGCUAAUAUUAACAUCAGUGCGAUUACAACUGUAUUUAAAGUGAAACAAACUAGCGAUAAAAGGUGGUGAAAAAUUCAAGUGUCACGCGGUGAAAACUAAAACUCCAAUUUACGAAUCCUCAAGCCGGCACACUGUCUUUCGCAAACUUCAAAACUAGCUUUACCAGCAAUGUUAAUUUCUUGAAGCGACGUGAUUUUUUACCUGGUAGAUUCAGCUCGGGAGACUUGUCUUCCGAGUGUGAGGAUGUCGAUCCAAAAGAUUUACCGCCAGCAGCAAGACCUCAGCCUCCCCUACAGCAGCAACCAAUGCCGGGUGGUCCGCCCAACAUUCCGCCCCCGCCAGCACCGGGCACUGCCGGAUCGGCGGUGUCGCCGGGACCAGUUCCAGGAUCUGCCCCACCAACGGGUGGGCCCGAGCUGUCGCUAAGCUUUGGCAAAGGACCCCAACGCGGAACCAGUGCACCGUCAAGUCCGGCCAAGUCGCGGGAAAGCCUGCUGCAGCGCGUACAAAGCCUGACCGGAGCCGCCCGUGACCAGGGGGCGUCCAUAAUCGGCGCGGCCGUCUCAACUGCAGCACGUGUGCAACCCUUUAACAAGGACAAGUGCUUCACGCUGCUCGUGUUGGACGACCAGAACACCGACUGGUCCAAGUACUUCCGUGGAAAGCGUCUCCACGGUGACUACGACAUCCGAGUCGAACAGGCAGAGUUCCGUGAAAUAUCGCUCACGGCGAACGCGGACGCGGGCCCACUGGUUUCAUUCAACAGGGGCAGCUCCAAGCAGCCAAAGUCGUUCCGGCCGGACUUUAUCCUGGUGCGUCAAGCACCGCGUGAUGGUGCCAAGGAUUACCGAUCAACACUGCUUGGUUUGAAAUAUGGUGGAGUUCCCAGCAUCAACUCGCUGCAUUCGCUGUACCAAUUUCAGGAUAAACCAUGGGUGUUCGCCCACUUGCUCCAACUCCAGCGUCGUUUGGGUAGAGAAGCAUUCCCACUUGUCGAGCAGACAUUUUUCCCGAAUCCUCGAGAAAUGCUCGCCUGGCAACGUUUCCCGUGUGUGCUGAAGGCCGGCCAUUGUCACGGUGGAAAAGCAACGGCCAAGCUGGACAGCCCGGGUGCGCUGCAAGACGCCGCUGGUCUCUUGUGCGGAACCGGACUCUCCGAGAGUACCUCAUACUGCAGCCUCGAGCCGUACAUCGAUGCAAAGUUCGACGUGCACAUCCAGAAGAUCGGCGGGAAUUACAAGGCGUUUAUGAGAAAAUCCAUCUCCGGAAACUGGAAAACAAAUCAAGGUUCAGCAAUGCUCGAACAGAUUCCUAUGACAGAAAAAUAUAAGUCUUGGAUCGAUGAGGUUUCGGAGCUGUUCGGAAGCAUGGAGGUUUGCGGAAUAGCCGUAAUCGUAUCAAAAGAAGGCAAAGAGUUCAUAAUUAGUGCAUCCGACUCCACCUUCCCUCUAAUGGGAGACACACAGGAAGAGGAUCGCCGCCAAAUUGCCGAUCUGGUCGUAGGACGCAUGCAGAACGUUUGCCGCCCGUCAAUGCUAACAAAGGCAACUUCGCGUACAUCGAUCUCGUCACGUGGUGGUAGUCCCACCGAAGAGAACCCUCCGGUCCCGAUCGGAAGCCGGCCGGCACCGGUUGGCGGUGGCCCUCCGCCGAUUCCGGAACGCACAACGCCGGGCGUCGGUUCCAUUGGUCGUCAUGGUAGCAUUAGCAGCCAGUCGGGAGAACCGCCCGAGCAACCGAUGGAUAAGGCCCCAACUCUCAACAGCGUAGGACGUCGUGAUUCGCAAGCUUCUCAAUCGAGCUCCAUCUCGGGUGUUUCAUCAGCCUCGGCGGCCCGCUCGAAUGCCAGCAAAGUCGGCCCUGGACCUGGCCAAGGGGCACUGGGAAAUGUUGACGAAGCCGAGGAUACGAUGAAGAAUCUGCGCAAAACGUUUGCGGGCAUAUUUGGUGAUAUGUAGGAUUUAGCGAAAAAGAAGAAACCACAGCGUGGAGGUGAAAGCACAUCCGGCAGCGCCACCGGGAGCAUCCUGAGCACCCGUGAGAAUUCUAUCGAUAGUGUAAUUGCGCGCCCCAUGACUGCUGCUGCCAACCCGGUUGCGGCGACAGCACCGGAUAGCAAGGAUGCUCUGUGCAAUGGUGUUGCUGCCGGAUCAACCGGUGCUGCCAGUGGCAGUGUAAAUAACAUCAACUAUACUACUACCAGUAGAGUAGAUAGCGUUUCUUCUUUUGAUAAAAAUUCCACGUUAAAUAAUCAUUCCUCUGCGCUGGUAACGACGUCCAACGUCCGAGAGGUACCAUCUACAACUCAAGAGACAAAACGAACACCGUAUGACUCGGUGGCCACAAACGACAGGAUCAACCUAUUUGACAAGGAUAAAGUAACAGCAGUAACAACCGGCGUUACAUUUUCGUCCACGUCUACAAUAAUUUCCAGCGAUACCGGGGCGCUGAAGAAUGGCAUCAAUCCAGAAGGAUUUUCUUCAAUAUCUAGCCGGACACUGACAUCCACAACAUCAGCAGCAUCUUCCUCUUAUACCACUUCUUCUAGCAUAAUCACUAGCGAUAAGGGAGACGAUAACGUGAAAGAUCGUUACAACAUACAGCAAGGUAUUAGGGAUCAAUCACAAACUGGUCGUUUCGGAACGCAGCCAAGUAGUGUCGUCAGCAAUGCUACCGUUUCGUCAGCCAAUGCUUCCGGUUCCAGCGAAGCUAAAAAACAGGAAUUCGGUCGAACUAAGCGAUCCUCCUCAGAUGCAGAGUUAAUAUUUGGUGCAAAAGGUCCAGACUUUUACAAACCCCGUUUCAGUACUACUGGGUUGGAUUUUAAGACAAGUAACGAUUCCAUUUCCGAUGCUGAACUGAUUUUCGGCACCAGUGCCGUAAGCGGACCUCCGUCUGCUACCGCUACUUCCGCUUCAUCAACGUUCAAUCGACAUUCGUAUGGAAACCGGGACAGUUCCAGCUUUACCAACAGUGUCUCGGAUUCGGACCACACUUUUGGCAAAAAGGAAGAACGUAACGUGUUCAGCAAGAGCCUCUCAGUUUCUUCGGAGAAAUCCGACUCCUCUUCUAUAACUGAUCGAUUCCGGGCUGCUCCCAAGGCUUACGAGCCCCCAAAAAUUGCUUCUUCCUCUCCCUCCAUAAGCAGCAGUUCAGCAGGAAGCAAAACGUGGAGCAACAAAUAUGAUGAAGACGAAUUUGACCUCAAGUAAACUGUGACUUGGGACGGGUAGCAAUACCCAGUGUAGUAGGUUAGUCCAUAAUUUAUUGGGUAUGUUAAUCAAAUUGUGUCUCCUGGUUGAUUUGUGCGUGCACUGCUUCUAUUAAAAAAAACACUUAUUUAUCUUUCCUAUCUUACUCACUAUUAACCCACUUUGCACGUACUAAAGUGCAACAAUCUUAUGUCACCAAACCUACACAAAUCAUUGAGCAAAAAAAAAAACAUUCACAUUCAAAUAAAGUAAACGUUAAACAUGUUGUUGAAAAUAGUAUUAGAUGUACCGAAAAUCAAUCUUAUUAUAUUAACGCUAAACCAAUACUUUAUCGUGUAGACAGAUCUAUAAGAAGCAAACUACAGAAAUUAGCCUCUGAUGUUUCCUGGUUUCAUAGUUUUACAUUCAUAUAGAAAACCCAUCAAAGUUUGAUGAAGAAUGAACAAAUCCCAGGUCCGUCAGAAAGGUGAUGAAAGUUUUUGUUCCAAAAACAAACAUUCGAUUAAACUCUGCACAAGUAUGGUUUGUUUAUUUGCCCGUUUAUCCUUGUUAUACAAACUAUGUUGAAAUUGGUUUUACAAUUAAGUACUGAACGAAUUAGGUAAUCAAUGCAUUUAAUAUCAGGGGUUCUACCAGUACGGUAUUAGAGCUAAGCAUAUCAUUCGUAAUGAUUUAAUCCACCACGUGUAUACCAAAAGUCUGCAAAUCAAAAAGUUAUGUUGAACCUCAUGUACAUUCCAAAACUGUACUAAACGUUUCUUCAAGCUACAAUGGAAAGAAAGCAGAACAAGUUGGACAAGAAUCGAUCCAGAUUUCCCAAAAAAUGGUUUGUAAGUCUUGAAAAACACAUUAUUUAACACAGCUGACUGACUAGAGUAGAAUUAAAUUCUUGUUUAGAAAUUAAAACUGAUAACAGCAAAUUUGUUUUUUCCUUGGUUUCUCAUCCUAAAAAAAGCAAAGAAAAUUGGAAUUUCGAUUAAAACAGCUAUGAAAGCAAGGUAACGAUAUGUAUCGCGCACAGAACAGUAGCUAACUGCACGAAACUAUUUAAAAAAAAGCAAAAAAUGUACUACGUACAAACUUCAGACCGCAAUGAAAAACAAAACAAAACAUAAAUGUUAAGUUGUCAAAACAAAACAAAAUAAUCGGCUUACAUCGGCUAAAUUGACAAACAAAAUAUUAAGACAUAUACACUAUUAAUGAUUAAAUGUUGUUAGAAUAUCUUACUAUAGUUAAGGAGUUUGAAUUGAUAAUUAGAAGAAAAAAAAACAAGUCAAAUACUAAAUGGAUAACGAUGCUAGAAAAAUAUAUAUCAAUUCAUUCUCAAUUAAAUUCAGCAUUAAGAAUAUCGUAUGAUGACAAUAUUAAUAAGAUAGUUGAUAUUUACAUAUUGAACAACCUAAAGCCAACAAUCGGCAUGUUAUUGAAAUUUAUUGGCAAAUAUUUACCCUUAAACCCCAUUUAAAAAGUAAACAUAAUAUGACCACCAGCGUAAAACCAUUAUCAGCUAACGACGGAAGCAAGUUUCUGUCAAUUGAUGCAAUUGUGUUAAGUUUACCAACAAAUCCGUUCAGCUAAUAGAUGCACAAUUGACUGUCAAGGGUUUACGAGAAAUGUUUUCAAGAUCCUGCUCAACAUCUAAAAACUGUCCCUCAACGAUGCAGAUAAUUCUUCAAUUCAAACAAGACAGUCAAAUCAAAGUAAUAACUAGUUUAAACAUCAAAUACAAUGAUUUACCUCAUAUUAACUAUGAGUGACUUCCAAUUCUUAUGCCCUAAAACCAACAGUAACUGAUGAUGCUAUGUGGCGCAACUUUCCCGACUACAAACUGUAACAACUAAAACCGAUGCUAUAAUUGGUUUUGCCAUUUUUCCUCAUGAACAAAAGUGAUUUAACACGCGAAAUAAUAUCCACCGACAGUAUAACUUUCAAUACACUCAGCUUGGGAUGAUUUGGAACACAAAUGAGCAACACUCAUCAUAAUAAACAACGAAAUUAAAAGCAAGCAAGUUUUCUCAACCGAUGAUAAAUGGAAAUGUUUUAUUAAAUUAACUCAACCAGAUGAAAUAAAGAACAUUAAAAUAAAUAAAAAAUAUUUUCAUUUUCACCAGGUAUAUGUUGCAAGUAUUUUUGAGCUAAUGAUAAUAGGUGUAUGAAAAUGAAAUAAAAACAAACAUAAAGCAUAAAAUACUCUGAUAGUAACCUAUGUAUGUGUAACAGAAUAUGUUAAAAGUAAUCUUGGGUAUUUGAAAGAAACAAACCAUAUACUAAUGAGAUUUACCAGUAAUGUUUGCGCGGCAUAGUAAAUUACAACUCAAUCAGUGAAUGCAACUUACAGUAAAUAAAUAUGCGAGUUGAAACAA